AACCACGACGUUUUGAUUCCCCAACUAUUUCCUAAACCGACGUCGUUCUGAAACAAAUAUUAGUCCUGUGAAGAAAAUGUAAUAAACCUUCAUUGACGUCUUUAUACCAAAAUCACUGUGAGUUCUUUUCUUCUUCUACCUAUGGUUUUGUUCCUACCCAUCAGAAAAAGAUAAAGUUUUCUAGAGAAGAAUUUAGACAUGUUGGGGAGAAAGAAAUCUUGUUCCAAAGGAUUGAGUCAGAGGUUGAAGGAAGAUAGAAUAAGCCCAUUAACUGAAUCUUUGUUAUGUCAGAUACUUAAUUAUCUUCCGACAAAGGAUGUUGUUAAGACAAGUAUUUUAUCCACCAGAUGGAGAAGUCUUUGGCUCUCGGUUCCUCGUUUGGAAUUGGAUUCUAGAGAUUUCUCUGAUUUCAAUGCCUUUGUGAGUUUUUGUGAUAGGUAUUUCGAUUCCAAUAGGGUUUUAUGCAUAAACAAGCUCAAGUUAACUAUUGGUGACAAUGAAGAAGAUGGCUUUUAUCUCAAGUCAUGGAUUGAUGCUGCAGCUAAGCGUAAGCUCCAACAUCUAAAUGUUCAUUUUCUGCCUCAGUUUCAUAAGAUUCCUCUAAACCUUUAUAAAUGUGAGACACUCGUAUACUUAAGCCUGGUUAAGGUGACCUUGGCUAAAGGCAGAAUCGUCUCUUUCCCUUGUAUGAAGACUAUGCAUUUAGAAGAUAACGUGUAUCCCAAUGAAGCCACUUUCAAGAAACUUAUCUCUUGUUGCCCUGUCUUGGAAGACUUGACGGUUAUUAUAUAUGGCAAGGAUACUAAAUCCUUUCCGGUGCACUCUCGGUCACUAAAGAGGCUCACUUUAGUACGGAUUUCUUCUUUCCACUCCGGUGCUAUUUCGGGAGUUGUGAUCAAUGCUCCUCUACUAUGUGCUUUGAGCAUCAAUGAUAACACAUCGAAAAGCUUCAUAGUAAACAAUAUGGGGUCUAGUGCCAAGUUAGAUCUUUCUAUCCUCUUUGGUUUGUGGGAUUUUGAUGAAGCAAGCCUUACAUCAAGGAGAAGUAGCAUCCACAGAUUUCUCCCAGGGAUUUCAAAGGUUAAGGAACUGAUGAUACGUACGCGCACUUUCAAGCUCCUCUGUCAAUACGCUAAAUUAGGACCGCUGCCUCAGUUUGGCAACAUAUCCGGCUUGCCUCAGUUUCGUAACAUGUCCCGCCUGUGUGUUAUUCUUUGUGUAUAUGAUUUGAAACUGUUACCAACUUUUCUUGAGAGCUGCCCGAACUUGAAAUCCCUCGUCUUGGACUCGGAUCCUAACUCUAAGAAGAUGUGUUUCAACGAGAAUGAUCUCAUCAGUAAUUCAUUAGUGCCCGAGUGUUUGUUAUCUUCGCUAGAGUUUGUCGAUAUCAAAAGCAGCAUCUUAGUAUCUGUUGCAGGGAUGAAGCUAGUAAGGUACUUCCUAGAGAAUUCGACAAUCCUCAAGAAACUCAAUCUAUGCUUGAACUAUUGUUCACCAAAAGAUGACAUCUUCAAUAAACUCUGCAAAAUCCCAAGACGUUCAAUCACAUGUCAAGUCGCCAUCGUCUUUGAUUAGAAUCUAAAGCUUUGUUCACCAAAAGAUGACACUUACAUUAUGAAAAACCUUUGACAAAAAAAAUAAAACUAAUGUAAUUAUUUAGAAAUC